AAAAGAUCUUAAACUCAAUAAAAGGUUAUUCUAUUCCAUUUAUAAAAAAGCCGCCGCUCGUAUCAUUCCAAAAUCAACAGUUGAAAACAAAACUAUACGACGCUUCAUUUGGACAUGGAAGUAGAACAAAUGAUCAGUCAAGGUGUUCUGGAAAGGUCAACCUAUCAGAGCGGAUUUGUAUCCCAAAUGUUUUCAACGCCAAAGCCAGACGGUUCCAGAAGACCAAUUUUCAAUCUGAGGGUUCUAAAUCAAUAUCUCAAACCAAAAAGUUUUCGUCUGAUAAAUCAUCAAACAAUUCCCGGUUUCUUACAAAACCAAGACUUUAUGACCAAAAUAGAUAUAUCUCAGGCAUAUUUUCAUAUACCGAUCAAGGAGAGAUAUCGAAGAUUUUUAUCAAUGGUUUACAAAGGGGAGGUUUAUCAAAUGACCUGCUUACCCUUCGGGCUCUCGACAGCUCCUUUAGAAUUUUCUCGCAUCGCAAACUGGAUAGCAGAACUUCUCCGCAAGAAGGGAAUAAGAGUGGUGGUAUAUCUCGACGAUUUUUUGAUAGCCAACCAGAAUGCAGAUAUUUUACGUUUUCAAACAAAAGAGGCAAUAACCCUUCUAGAACACGAGCGUCUCCCAACAGUAAAAAAUUUUGGCACAAAGACGUCACGAGUAUCAAUGACGUGUUAAUCACAUGGUAUCUCGCUCGUUAUGUUUAUGUUAUUAUGAAUCUUGAGGUUAGGUAUACAAUUGGCGAAAAUUUAAUAUAGUUCUACGCUUUCUGGAAAUACGAUUUUUGUGUAACACCUCUUCCAUUUACGUCCCAUAAAUGUAAUGUGGCUUUGAUUCUUGUCUUUAUUUCUUGCUCUAGAGGUGCUAAGAGCAACUCAACAGGCCAUCUCAUUCGUAUCGUAUCGUAGGUAAUAUAGCCUGUGGUAUCGUACUUUAGAUAUUUGUUUAUUGAAAUAGAAUGAUUGUAAAACUUUCUUUUAUAGGUGGAACCAUUUGAAGUGUUUAUUGGACUAUUUGUGGCAACAAUGUUUAUGUGUAAUAUAUGUAGAAAAGAAUAUGUGUCUAAGAAGAGUUUGUCGAGACAUACAAAACUUAAACACGAAAUGGAGUACCAUGCUAAACACACGAACUAUCAAUGUAUGCAUUGUAAUGUUUCGUUUCAAAAUAAAUCGAAUAUUAUCAUUCACCUUAAAUCACACCGAGAAGUAACGGAACGACAUGGUCGUUUAUUAUGUCCUUUUCAACAAUGUAACCACGAAAUUAUCCGAAAUUAUGCUAAUCUAAAUAAACAUUUAGUAGAAAAACAUAAUUAUGAAGCUAAAGAAGAGGUGUAUGAAUUUGUGGAAGACUAUGAGUUUGAUACAUGGAAGGCAAAUAUGGAAAGUAAUACAAAUGCAAGUUAUGUUCUGGAUACUUGCGAAAAGAAAUUAAAGAAUGGAUUACGGCAAUACCUUAACUGUCAUAGGUCCUUCAAUUUUUCAAUGAAACAAUCACGCAAAAGAUCCAUUAAACACAUUGGAAGCAACAAGAUAGGAUUUGCAUGUCCAUCAAGAAUGGUGGUGACAAAAACUUUCCAAAAAAUAUUGGUAACAUUUUACCCCAAUCACUGUGGACAUGAAUGUGAAAUGGGUAGGUUAAGAUUGCAACAAAAUGAUAGAAGCACAUUAGCAGGUAAAUUAUCCCAAGGUGUUACUAUGAGUCGUAUCCUUCAAGAUGUUAGAGAACAUGUAUCUCCACAGUCAUGCAGUAGGAUCCAUUUAGUGGAAAGGAAAGAUCUGCAUAAUAUUAAGAGAGAUUUUUCUAUUAGCCCAGGCAUUUUAGGUUUUGACCCUACGAAAAAUAACGUAAAUCUGAAAGUUCGCACAGUUGUUCUAUUUGAUGCUCUGAACAACAUAUAAAAAGUCCCAAGAGUUCCCAUGUCGGCUUCCUUGAAGUUCGGGUUUUCGAAAGUCCGAACUCUUGAAAUCUGCACGACGCCACUAUAAUUA